AUGGCUACAUAUAUGACUGAUGCCUCGUCAGAGCCGACCAACGGUCGCCCUCAUCACCGUCCCCUGAGCGAGCCGUCCCCCAUUGUGAUCAGCGAUAGGUACGAUCUUAUGACUGGCUUGCCACAAAGCUACCAGCUCCGUUCCUUCUCGUCGUUCUCCACCCCAAAGAAGUUGCAGCUCGCGGUGAAAGCCAUCUAUGACCAGUUGGAGCAGAACAAUUGGCAAGGAAAUCAAUGGCUGGUUAUUAGGGGUAUGUCACAAGCCGCCAUUGACAGGCUGAGCAAUAGGCGCGACUGCCUGCUGGGAAUCGGGUUUCGAUUUAUGUGGAUUGGGACGACUGGAAUCAUCAAAGUAGUCCCAUCUAGUGCACAUGAUCUGACCACAUCGGCUGUGAGCCAAUACAUCGACCGGCAGUGCAUUCGGAUGGGAGUGCCCGACAGCGACAUUGUUUGGGGACUUACAGUCACGACACCCGGCACCGUUACUACCAGUGGCAAAGAGCCGGACAACUGCCUUUUUCCUCCUAACCGCCUGCCUCUGGGUGGCCAGCUCAAUGGCUGGCAGUCACUCGUCAUAGAAACGGGAGUUUCAGAGUCUUUGGAAAAGCUUCGUCAAGACGCCGCUUGGUGGUUUCAAAAUUCCUCUGGGGACACCAGAAUCGUGAUUCUAAUCUCAAUCAAAGCUGUCACCAAGCAGAUCAGAUUCGAGAAAUGGCAGCUUGCCCCUCCGAACCUUAGACCUACAAGGCAGGCGCUUGAUCAGCUACGUCAGCAGCCCAACCUGAUGCCCCCUCUUGUCCAGCAGCAGGCACACAGCCAAACCGCCUUCUGUCACCAGGAGGUAAUUGUUACGCCGAAUUCAAUUACCGGGGGACCUCUUGUGAUCCCUUUCAGAGCCAUUUUUGAUCGGCAGCCUACGGGAGCUGAAGGCGAUAUAGUUAUCAACGACCAGGGCUUUCGUACCAUUACGCGUUAUGUUUAA